GUUAUUGAUUAACAACAGGGCAUCUGACACAGACCACGUAAAUUGACAAGAAUGGAGGUAAUCUUUGACACCUUCAGCCAUGAUCAUCUAUUUAAAGAUGAUUUACACCUCAGUUGUUGUUCCUUCCAGGGGUCACACACACAACACCUAAGACUGUUCCAGACAAGCAUUCAAAGCACUAUGUCCUCUCGAUCCAUAACUAUAGUGUCCUCUGGAAGGAGCACCGAUGACAGUGGGUUAAGGAUGGAGCCAAAGCUCUCGCUGGAGGAGGAGGACAGGGAGUCCGGGAUCGGUUCCACCCUUGACCUCACCAGCAGCUCUGAAGGCUACAACCGACAUACCAAUCACCUGUCCAGCAAACCUUCAAUCAGGGAGGCAGACAGACUCCCUAAAGAGAAUGAAAGCUCUCCACAGGUCUCAGUGUGUACAGACAACAUCAAGCAGCUCCUUAUCAAUCUCUCCAAGAUCCCUCUCCUCCUCCUCCUCCUCUUCCUCUUUGUUUGCUCCUUGGACACGCUGAGCUCUGCCUUCCAGUUAGCAGGGGGUAAAGUAGCCGGGGACAUUUUCCAGGACAAUGCGGUGCUGUCCAACCCUGUGGCAGGGCUGGUGGUGGGGAUUUUGGUGACUGUGCUGGUCCAAAGCUCAUCCACUUCCACCUCCAUCAUUGUCAGUCUGGUGGCAUCUGGAUUGCUGGAAGUGAGGCUGGCUGUUCCUGUCAUCAUGGGAACCAAUAUUGGGACUUCAGUCACGAACACCAUUGUCGCCAUGAUGCAAGCAGCAGAGAGGACGGAAUUUCAGCGGGCCUUUGCUGGGGCAACAAUCCACGACUGUUUCAACUGGCUUUCGGUUCUGGUUCUGCUUCCGCUGGAGGUGGUAAGUGGCCUCAUGACCCGCUUGUCACACCUGAUGGUCACCGGCUUCAGUCUCCAGCCGGGGAAGGAAGCCCCCGAGCUGCUUAAGGUCAUCACUGAACCAGUCACAAAGCUCAUCAUACAGCUGGACAAAUGUGUGAUCACGGGAAUUGCCAUGGGAAAUGAGGACAUGAGGAACCGGAGUCUGGUGAAAGAAUGGUGCCAGACUGACCUUGUUAUGUUCCCUAUGAAUUUAAGCACAAACCAUGAAAACUGUAACCCUGGUUAUCACCAUUCACAGGAUGGAAAUGAGCUCAACACUCAUAAGUGUAGGCAUUUGUUUGUGUCUACUGAGCUGUCAGACCUCACUGUUGGCCUGAUCCUCCUGGUGGGCUCCCUGGCUGUCCUCUGCACCUGUCUGCUGCUUCUGGUUAAGUUACUCAACUCUAUUCUCAAAGGCCAAGUGGCAAAGAUCAUCCAUAAAGUCAUCAACACAGACCUGCCGUAUCCGUUUGGUUGGCUGGCAGGAUAUGUGGCCAUGUUUGUGGGUGCAGGGGUUACGUUUUUGGUCCAGAGUAGCUCUGUCUUUACGUCAGCCAUGACUCCUCUGGUAGGCGUUGGUGUGAUCAGUCUGGAACGGGCAUAUCCUCUCACUCUUGGGUCCAAUAUCGGCACCACGGCCACAGCCCUGCUGGCUGCUCUGGCCAGUCCUGGGGACAAACUGGCUGCAGCCAUACAAAUCGCUCUGUGUCAUCUCUUCUUCAAUGUGUUUGGUAUCAUCCUGUGGUAUCCUGUUCCCUUCAUGCGACUGCCCAUAAAGAUGGCUCGUGUUCUGGGUGAGCGCACAGCCAAGUACCGCUGGUUUGCAGUCCUCUACCUUCUCCUCUGCUUCCUGCUCUUGCCUUCACUGGUACUGGGCCUGUCACUGGCCGGAUGGCAGGUGAUGGCUGGUGUCGGGGCUCCUUUCCUAGGCAUAAUCCUCUUCAUCACUAUGAUAAAUGUGAUGCAGACCCAGAGCCCCCGUCAUCUGCCCCCCAGGCUUCAGAACUGGGACUUCCUGCCACAGUGGAUGCACUCUCUCAAACCUCUCGACCGCUUGAUUACCAAGACAAGUGUCUGCUGCAGCUCGGCAUGCCAGGAUAGGCAGGGACAGGAAGAGGAGGAUCACAUCUGUACACAGACAUCCUCCGUCAGCCCUGGGACGGAGUCAGCCCAGAGGAAGGCAGAACUGGCGUAUGACAACCCGGUCCUGGACUACCUGGAUGAGACCAGACCAGGUGUGCGUGUUCUCAAACUGAAAGGGUUAGAGAGGUGCAACAGCACUCCAUUGUAAAAGGACCUCAAUACUCAAUAUGGUGAGAAAAGCAGGAUUAAGAAAAGCCCUUUUGCAAAGAUGUGGAAAUUCACCCGUGUCUGACUGCCAGAGAUAACCUUUUAAAACGGUCUCAGCUCGAAAACCUAAGCCCUAUUAUCAACCAUCUAUGUAGUCGAUAUGGUCACAUGACUAUAUCAAGUCUCAAUAUGUGAGCAUUAGCAGGCAAAGUUUGUACAGCUGAAGAUGUACAAAUGUGCAUAUGUAGUGAACACUUCUGUUUAUCUUCGUCCGGCUGGGUUAUUCUCAUCGGCUUAUGAAGAGUUUUGUAGUAGUUAAAAAUGAAGAACAAAUGGUCAGUGGAUUCUCUGUAACCUGCUGUUUCAAAGCCAAGCAUGAGGUCAUUAGCUGACAUUGGCCACCUACA